AUGGCCAAGUUCAAACAUACUUCUUGGGAGGUUAUGAUCAAUGAGGAGAGAAAUCUGGCUGUGAACAAGUGGCUCAGCCUGGUCAUGGUCGAGCCCUUGACCUUCUGCGUAGCUAGGAACUUCUAUGCCGGUAAGGCGUCGGGGAUCUCUUCGGGGUCGCUUGCGGAUAGCAUUUCAGAUUGCCUUGCUGCCAAGGCCACUUCGACGAUUAACGCCAGGGCAAACUGCUUGUUGCGUUUUGUUUCUUGGGCGAAAGGAAACAUGCCGUUCGUUUUCCCCUUGACAGAGCACGCUGUCUAUGCAUACUUCGAGGAGAAGAAGGCAACUGCAGCGGCGACCUCGUUCAGGAGCCUUCUUUCAUCUGUGGCGUUCGCACAGCAUGUUGUAGGCUUGGAAGGGUGUGAUAAGGUUUACGCCUCGGGUCGCAUCCGCGGCCUUGCAUCGAAGCUGUACAUGCAAAAGAGGAAGCUCAAGCAGCGCAAUCCUCUGAGGGUCUCUGAUGUCAUUCUUCUUGAAAGGAUUUGUUGCAAACUUGAGGACAGGUCGCUGCAGGACCGGGUCGCUUCGGGUUUCUUUCUUUUCCUGAUUUAUGCAAGAGCUAGAUACAGUGACGGGCAAAAUGUAGCAUCGCUGACUGAUUCGCCGCUCUACUUGGAGUGCAGUGUGGGCAGGUCCAAGACGAGUUUCACUUUGGAACGCAAGACCAGGUACUUGCCAAUGGCUGCCAGGAAAGUGGGCAUCAAGUGUGCAUGGGCCGAUGCGUGGCUUGAGGCUUUGGCGGAGGCGGGUCUUGCGAUCAAGCCGAACGACCCGUUGCUCCCCUGCCCUUCUUCGAAUGGUUCGUGGAAGAUGAUCCCGCUUCCGUGCGAUCAGGCUUGCUCGUGGCUCAGGAGCCUGCUGGGGAACGCUCAGAGCGAUCCCUACCUUGCAAAUGUUGGUACACAUAGCCUUAAGAGAACUUUGCUGAGCUGGGCAAGCAAGCGUGGUCUGCCCAGAGAACAGAGGGCCCUCUUGGGGUAUCAUACGUCCCGAGCCUCGGGUGCGGGAUCAGAGCUGAUCUAUGAGUCCGACGCCCAGUCGGCUCCGCUCAGGGCUUUGUCAUCUAUGAUCGACGAGGUGUCGUCCGGGGCCUUCAAGCCCGACAAACCAAGGGGGCAGCAGCUUGCUUCCGAGCUGUCGGCGCAUGCCGAUCCGCCUGGCGACGAGAUCGAGUCGUCAGACUCUGAGGGCUCCGAGGACGAGGAGGAGAUCGACCACUCAGGGGACGAAGCUUGUGUUGCCGAGGCUUUGGACUGGCAUGGGAAGGUCGACCUUGACAAGAUUGAUCCCUCGUGUGUUUUCUUUCGGCAUCGCCAAUCCAGGGUAGUGCACAUCACUGCCGACGAAGCGGGUGCCAACCUGGGCUGCGGUAGGACCAUUUCGGGUCAGUACAGGAAGCUGGAGGUCGGUUUGGCAUCUGCGGAUGUCGAAAAACUCGAGAAGGUGGGUGUGGAUUCACUCGCAAAGGUCGCUUUCAUGACGAGCUACACGCCGGGCUCUGGCGAUGACAAGGACCUCAUUGCGGCGUUCGAGUCGGCCCUCGGGACGCCGCCCUCUGUAGGGCAGAAAAGCUCCUUCCGAAGGUUAUUUCAUGAAGCAUAUGCUGUUACCACUUCGGAAAUGAAGAUGCUUGUGGAGCGGACGGAUGAAUCCAUCCCAAGAAAAUUGAGCGUCCCGGAGAGAUCUGAGAGAUUCGAGGUAGUGAGCAAACGCCUUGUGGGCCUUUCGAUCAAGAACCGUCUUGAGCCUGCUGAUAGCCUCGUCGACUCCUUCGUAUCCCAGUAUGAACAGGACAAGCUGCAGUUUGUCCCGUGGGAGAAGCUUGUUUCCAAAGAGCAAGAGGCCUCAACAGGGGCAAAGCGAGAGCCUUUCUUCUCGCUGGACAGUACGGGCAAGCUCAGGUCGGAGACGAAGGUUGAGGUCCGUGCUGAUACUAGCACGGAGCUGCUCUUGCAGCUCGCGCUUCAAAGGCGCGGCAUCGCUAUGGAAAUGGCGAACAUCCUUGACUACCAUCGCCACCACAUGUGGGUUGAGCGCCUUCUUGCGGCGCGCCUCGACGCACCUCCGUCGACGCACAUGCAGCCCACGCUUGAUCAGUGUCAGCAGGCUGACAGGAAGCUUUGGCAGCUUCUCGGAGAAGCGACUCGCUCAGGCAUCCAGCUCAAAGCUGGGGGGCGUCCAUUGGACACCAUCUUCGAGGACACAUGGCAGUCACCAGAGGUGCUUCAUCUGCUUCAACCGAUGCCUCGGGCAGCAGGCGCUUCAGUCACGCAGCAGGUGGCACCGCCGCCGAGGCCGCACGGGCCGGGCCCGUAUGAUCGUCCGGGCAAAGGCCGAAAGGGCACAGGGAAGGGUGCCAAGGGCACCAAAGGAUCCGGGAAGGUUCCCGAGUCUUUUGAGAAGGGAACGCAACUUGUCUCGGAUGCACUUGGGGGUAAAGCCCUGUCUACCCUCCAGAAAAGGUACGGGCAAUUAUCCAAGUACGUCACUUGGUGCAACGACACAGGAUGCAUAGGCUUCCCCCUUUCUUCGGAUCUUGUUCGGCAAUACACCGAGUUUGCAGUGAAGACCAAAGGGCAUGGAUCAGUGUCCAGCAACCUUGAGUCUUUCAACUUUGCGAUCUAUGUCCUUGGUGUUUUCAUUAAUGAGCCUCUCCGGUCUGACCCGGUCCUGACAGGACGUGCUCGUCGCGAGAGAUUGAACAAGCCUCCCAGGAAGCAGGCUCGCUCGUUUCUCGUUGCAGAAGUGCUUCACCUCGAGGGUUUCCUUGCAUCCGAAUCCAAUGCUCUUUUGGACCGGUUUGCCGCUGGUUGCAUGCUCUUUGCGAUUUUCUCCAGGGCGAGGUUAGGCGACUUGAAGUCCGUGUCAAGGUUCACGCUUGACCUUGCAGAGCCAUCUGCAGACUGCGCCGAAGGGUUUUUGGAGUGUUACUCUUAUAGCCAUAAGACUAAGUCUCUUAGCAAUGCGCUCGGCUUCAGGUUGCCUCUUGUGGCUCACGUUAAAGGACUGGGGCCUCGCAUCUGGGGGCUUGACUUCUUGGAGGUUGCACGGCAAGUGGAUCAAGACCUUCUUCAGAAGGACGAUGGUUCCGCGCUGUUGUGUGUGCCCACGUCUGUGGGCUCCUUGCUCAACCAUCCAAUCAAGAAUGAAGCCUUUGUGGUGUGGAUCAAUGGCAUCCUUAAGGAUCUCCCCUUCUUCGGAGGUCACUUCACCGGCCACACAGCAAAGUCUACCUUACUUCCUUGGUUGGCCAAAUGGGGCGGCUCUGAGGAUGACAGGGCCAUUCUUGGGCAUCACAUGCCUAAGAGCAAAAGCGUAGCCACUUACAGCAGAGAUCUUCAGGCUGGGCCUUUGAGAGUGCUGUGGUCUCUUCUAUGUGACGUUCGGUCUGGAGCUUUCCUUCCUGAUUGCACACGCUCUGGCCGCUUUGUCCGUCAAGUCGAUGAUCCAGGAGUGGAGCCGGCCCUUGAUGCUCUUCCUGGUUUCUCUGAUGGGGCCCUCAGCCCUGACCUCUACCUCGGCGCCUUAGGUGAGGUCCAAGAGCCUGUGAGCUUGGGCAGCGAGGUUGGCCCUGAUGAGGAGUUGGCGUGGUACCGCAACCAAGAGCUGGAGGAUGCCGACGUCGAUGCUUUCAUCAACGCGAGCCGUGGCAGUGAGCUUGAGCCCCGGGGUCUCUCAGACCCUCCGCCCGAAACGGGGGCUUCUGACGAUCCCCAUGCGGAGGGGGCGGCAUUUGAAGAACUUGCCACGGAAUGUGGCCUUUCAAGUGCACAGCUGCUGAUCCUGAAAGGGAAAGGUGUCUCGACGAUGUCGUCAUUGGCCUAUGCUGUCACCACCCCGGGUGUGCAGCCUACGGAGCUUGCCCUUCGUCAGCUUUUGGAUACUGCCACUCCUGAAGCUGUUUCAGUUGGUGCCUUAUCAUCCAUUCGACGCUGUGUGUUUGAGUGCCAGACUUGUGUUGUGCAGCAACUUAAGCUCUCAGUUAAGCUCUCAGUCGAAGGGCAUGAGGGAGACAAGAAGUACGACCUCCCGCCUGCUGAACGCACCAGCCGCAUUGCCGCUCAAAAGACCAGGCUUGUCGGUUUUGAGUUAACCGGCGCGAUGGAGUGCGCAUACUCCUGCUACACUCUUGUGGGCUCCAUGCUUGAAGCCGACUCGCCAAUUUACUUGGAGCCCCAUAGGUUCAUCACCAGGCAACAGGAGGUUUGCAGAGAAAAGCCCAAGCGUGAGAUCGUGCUCGAUGGGGGCACCAAGCUCACUGUUCGUGAUCAGCAGAGUCGUGAUCGUUGCCAGAUCACCAAUGAACUUCAGCUCUGGCAGGCUCUUACACGUCGGAGCUUAGCCUGUGACCUUAUGGGUGCCAUCAGCUUCCAGGUGCAAGAAUCUUGGCACCGCUUUCUGUUCGAUCGCAUGGCUCAGCCUCCCCCUCCGAGGUGCAGCAAAGUUUCCAUGGAGCAAUUGUUGAGGGCUGAUCGUCAGGCUUGGGUUCAGUUGGCUGAGACGGUUAAGACGCUUAAGAGGGAUAGUGCUGGCGUGUUGCCUCUUGAUGCUGCCUUCCCGGGUCUUCGCACUGACCCUGCUGUCCUGUUCAACCUCCUUCCUUUGAGGUCGCCUGAUCCUCCACAGAAGAUCCCGAAUCCGGAUAAGGGCAAUGGUAAGGGCCUUGAUAAAGGUAUCAAGAGGGACUCUGAAGGCCAGCCUCGCAAAGAGUCCCAGCUUCCUGAUGCCCUCAAGAACAUUCCUAACCUUAAGAAGAAGACCUCGAAAGGCAAGCGACUUUGUUGGGCAUACAACAUCAAAGACAGGGGGUGCAGCCAUGCUGAGGCUGGCAAAGCUUGUCGCUUCGGUCUUCACUUGUGCAUGCGCUGCGAGAAGCCUCACCCCCAGUUCGAAUGCCCUGCAGCUUCUGUUGAUGCUUCUGCCGAGGUUAAACAUCCGGCCGAGGAAUUUUCGCUGGGUGUAUUGACAUCUGGUAGUGCCGGUCAAUCGUGGACCACGGGUCUGUACACCAAAGGUGGUAUCACGGCCCUUCGAUCUAAUGUAAAAUCCUUUCCAUUUUCGUCUUCUCUGCUUUUUGCUUUCAUCAGAACCAUCAGUCCUUCCUUCGAGUGCACCAGUGCUGCUCUCUUUGUCGACUCGCAGACAGCCCUGCAUCGCGACAGCUACAACGCGCACCUUCCCAAUCUGUUGAUUGGGGUCAACUCCUUCUCAGGUGGCCAACUUUGGCUUGAGGGAGAGGGACCUCAUCCAGUGACCGAUCCUUCAGGUGCCCAACUUCAUGGACAGCUGCACGAGGUUGCCUCCGGAAAGCAACCCAAAGGCAAACGUGUUCCGCCUUUGGUCUCUGAGUACAAGUCCAUCAUCACGGAGCGAACUUAUGGUAUCGCGUGGACCCCAGAAGAGUUCGUCAAACAGGAGUCACCUGCCGACCUUGCCAGGGAACGCACUGCUACGUUGAGGAGGUGGAUGCUUACCUCCGAGGAGGCGGCAUCCCGUGCAGAUCCCUCCGACAUGCCCGACCACUGUGCCGCAGUUCUUGGUAAGAAAUCUAUGAAGGUCUUCAAAUCGCUCCUGACUGAGGCCGAGUACCCGGACACAACCUUGACCAAGGUUUCCGCUGCCUCGCUUACCGUUGAGGAUGUUCGUGCAGCCACUCCCCUUGCCAGGAAGGCCAUCCUUGCCUCUACCAGAGAAGGUUUCGACCGCGAGGUGGCUGAAAGUGUUUACCAGCUUACGAAAGAUGAGCUUGCGAAAGGGUGGCUUAAAGGACCUUUUAAGGAAUCGGACAUCCCCCCGGAUGCCAUAGUCACUAGAAGGUUUGGGAUAGUGCAAUCCUCCACCGAUGCCAAGCUAGGGUCAAUCAAGAAGGUGAGACCAAUCGAUGAUUACACGGAAUCUCUUGCUAAUCUCACAAACAGUGCUAGCGAGACGAUCUGCCCUCACGGGGUGGACGUUGUGGUCGCAGCAUUGUGCCUUCGCAUCAGGCUGAAGAAGAGCGUGAUCUUGCGAUCUGGUUCGAGCGUGUUCGCAGUGAAAGCAAUCCUGCAGAUGCAUGAGAAACCGCUGUUUCUGGAAAUCUGUAGUGGGUCUGCUAUGCUGUCUUAUGUUGCCAAAGAGGCCGGAUACACAGCCGUGCCCAUCGACUGGCAUCACAACAAACAGCGGGCGUGUGUGCACACUUUACAGCUCGACUUGCGCCUGGCCAGCACUUGGUCUUUCUUGCGACGCAUUUGCUCCGAGUACGAUGUUGCUUGGGUGCACAUGGCUCCUCCAUGCGGCACCGCUAGCCGGGCUCGAGAGUGCGGUCCCGGCCCUAAGCCAUUGCGUUCAGUCCGUCAUGUGCGCGGCCUGCCCGGCCUCCCACCAGUGGAGCAGGCGAGAGUGGACAGUGCAAACACCAUUUAUGAUAGCAUGGCAGCCUUCUGUGACUGGCUGCUGCAUGCCAUGCCGCAUGUUCCCUUCUCCGUUGAAAACCCUCUUCACAGUUACCUGUGGCAGCUCCCGAGGUGGGCCGAGCUGGUCGCCAAGCACUCCUUCGUCACAUUCGACUCGUGCCGCCACGGGUCACAACGCAAGAAGGCCACAGCCCUCCUCACAAACUCGGAGCUUCUACACUGCCUUUCGGGACCAUGCCCGGGAUGCUCCUCGCACUUGCCGUGGGGUAAGCAGGGCAAUUCUUUUGCAACAGCUGAGGAGACGGGCUAUCCCAAACUUCUUUGCGAAAGGAUUGUCUCAUGCGUGGAUAAGUCAGCUGCAUCACGAGGGAUUGCGCCUGAACGCCUCGUUGCCUCCAGGGUUUCUGCUGCGCGUGCCGCAGGUCAGGUGCAACCUCGUGGCCGCAAGUUUCCGCCAAUCAUUUCUGAAUUUGCUUACACUAUGUCAGUCGCCAGUGCUGCAGCUCCCACUCUCAACUCCAAGCACUGCCUUUCGGCUUCUUGGCAAGGCGUCCCUGCAGGCGCCAAGCUCCUCCGGGAGUCAGUUGAAAGGGGAGGUUCGCGACUCCCAGAGGGGAACAAGUUCUACACUUUCGGCGUCUAUCGAUCCAUGCAAGCUUUCUUGAACGAGGCAAAGUUGGUUGUGCACCCCUUCGAUUCUGCCAAAUCACUUCCAGAUGAACUUUUGCGAGUCUUGUUUGACACUCUUACGAAGAGCCCAGUUGACACCAUGAAGCACCGCCUUUUGAAGCUACAACAGUGGCGAGCCCUCGCCAAGCAGCUUGAUCCCGACGAAGAGAAAAUCAGAUCGGCGAUGGACCCUUGUGUGCGGAAGGUCCUUGGUUGUAAGCGCAUCGCACUCAUGAAGAGGAUCGCCGCCGACUUGUCGUGGCCUGACACGACCCUCUUCGAUGACCUGGCUGCCGGCUUUAAGCUAACGGGGUACUUGGGGCGUACGGGGGUAUUCGCUAGCGAUGUUAAACCUGCCACGAUGGACCUUGACGAUUUCUGGGCAAGUGCUCCCCUCCGGAGGGAAACCCUGCUUGAAAAAGUCAGAGCCCAGAAGGACCAUGACUAUGCCGAAGAGCUCUGGAACAUGACGCUUGAGGAGUCUAACAGAUCGGGGAAGUGCUGGCUUGACGGCCCGAUCGACGUUGACUCUUUGGGGGACAACUUCCCUGACGGUUGGAACGCCUGCCGGCGUUUUGCAGUCUGGCAGGGCAAGUGGCGUGCGAUCGAUGACUUCUCGGAAGCCGCUGUGAACUCUUGUUUCGGAUGCUUUGAACGUGUUACUCUCAAGGCCCUCGAUGAGAUCUGCUGGCUGUGCAUGCAGGUUUGCCGUGCGGCAAAAUCUUCAGGAUCCCUCGAUCUUGAGCUCAGCACCGGUGAGAGACUCAAGGGACCCCUCCAUACGGCUUGGAAGGACCCUGACCGUGUCCGCCCUCACUGCAAAACUUACGAUCUUCAAGCUGCCUACAAGCAGCUCGCACUGCACCCUAGCGAGAGGCCGAAAUCCAUUAUCCUGCUCAGGGAGCCGGGCUCCCGCGCCGUCAAGGCCUUUGUGUGUAACACUCUUCCUUUCGGAGCUUCAGCCUCGGUCAUGCAGUUUAACAGGGUUGCAUUAUUCCUGCAGAGGGUUCUUUGGGAUUUGAGGGUGGCCGUAACUUGCUACUAUGACGAUUUCCCGACGAUGACCCCUUCGUUCUUGUCUGGCGGGACUGACAAUGCAGUUCAUGCCCUCAUGGACCUGUUUGGCUUCUCCUUGUCCGAGAAAGAAAAGCCGUUCUCGUGCACUGCAGAAACGCUGGGUGUCGUGCUGGAUACCUCCGAUCCUGACAUGGGCCGCAUCUUCGUAUCGAACAAGCCUGAACGAGCUGCCAUGCUUGAACAGUCCUUGGGCCGCAUCCUUGAAAAGGGCCAGGUAGACACGCGGGAGCUGCCAUCCCUUCUUGGAAAGCUUCGCUUCGCAGAUGCUCAGCUGCUUGGUCGCACAGGGCGAUUGGCCCUGGCCGACCUCAGGCUCUUCGGUGACAGAGGGGGUGUCUUGAACCUGACGGAUACUCAAUCGAAUGCCUUGGCUGUUCUGAGGGCAAGACUUCUUGCGAGCAGGCCGCGUGCCAUUGUGACGAGCCCUGCCUCGAACCCAGUCCUCAUCUUCACAGAUGGCGCAUGCGACCCUUGCGAGGGCGGCUUCAGUACUGGUGUCGGUGGGGUUCUCUUUGUCCCCGGCGAGGGUGUUGCUAGGGCUUUCGGUUGCAGGGUUCCUAGCAAGCUCGUCAAGCAAUGGGCCGAGGGUAGGAAACACAUUAUAGGGCAGGUCGAGCUUUACGCGGUCGUGCUCGCCAGGAUCCUGUGGUCGAGUUACAUUGAUGGCGAGCGAUGCAUAUUUUUCGUCGACCAUUCCGGCGUCUUGAGUGCUUGCAUCAACUCGAACUCGAUCGAUGCAUCUUGGAGGAGUCUCCUCCUUCACUUGGAGGCCGCCGAUGAAGCACGCCCGUGCCUGCCGUGGUUUCAUCGUGUACCGAGCCAGAGCAACAUCGCGGGCCCGCCGUCCCGAGGCAGAUGGGAGGAGCUGGCAUUCCUUGGUCAUGUUACUCGUGACGUGCCGACUUGCUUUGUCGCAGGUGCCACUCUUGAAGCAACGUAA